CAUGUGGAUUGGUGGAGAACCAGCGCAGGUCGGGGCCCUACGCUAGAUUUGUGGGCUAGGCGGGGAGUUGUUUGGGUGGUUGGCGUCUGCUGCGUCUGUGCGAGCUACACCAUCACGGUUCUGCCAGACACUUUGGCGCCGCGAUGGAAGAGUACUCGCGCGAGCCGUGCCCCUGGCGCAUCCUGGACGACUGCGGCGGCGCCUUCACCAUGGGCUGCAUCGGCGGUGCCGUGUUCCACUCAAUCAAGGGCUUCCGGAACGCGCCGAGCGGGCUGGCGCGCCGCGCCACCGGCAGCCUGGUGGCCGUCAAGUCUCGCGCGCCAAUCAUCGGCGGCAACUUCGCCGUCUGGGGCGGCAUGUUCUCCACCAUCGACUGCACGCUGGUGCAUCUGCGCAAGAAGGAGGACCCGUGGAACAGCAUCAUCAGCGGCGCGGCCACCGGCGGCAUCCUGGCGGCGCGCAACGGGCCGGCGGCGAUGGCCGGCAGCGCCGUGAUCGGCGGCGUGCUGCUGGCGCUCAUCGAGGGCGUUGGCAUCCUCUUCACGAGGCUGUCGGCCGAACAGUUCAAGCCGGGCCACCCGCAGAUGGAGGACCCGUCACAGCUGGGCCAGCCGCCCGGCCAGGCGUUGUAGCGGCGCCCGUGCGAUUAGGUUUCCCUUUCUCCCGUGUUGUGUUGUGUACCCGAGGCGCCGCCGGCGCGUCGUGCGGGGUCGAACGCCCGUGGGUGUUGCGCCACACCGGGGUGGCGUGGACGGUCUCGUGCGCGCCCGUGGUGUAAGGUCCGGGGACAGCAGGACGUGAGUGCAGCACGUGAUGUUUGUUGUACUUGUUUACUGGUACUGGACAUCAUGGUCACGCCUGGUGCUGAUCAGGGUCGUGCCCAGAACAUGUCCCCGCGCCCGCCGUCACAGGGUGAUGCUGAAUUGUGAUGUUGCUUGUUUGUGGAGAGGCUCACAUGUCCCAUGGCUCAUGUGUUUCUAGGCUAGUGGCAAGGGGACGUAUAGAAGCUACGCGAAGUGAGUCAUCCUUGCGCUGCAUCGCUGAUGCUGGAAAUAUAUGUUU